AUGGCCUUGACUACGGGUGCUGACAUUCAGCAAACAUCCGUCCAGGGUGAUAGUAAAGUCGGAGGUAUUGUACAGGUAUCCGCAGACGAGAAGCCAGUCCCACCCGUCGCCAACAAUGGCAACGAAAUCGACAACGGCCUCCAACGCGGCCUCAAGAACCGACAUCUCGUCAUGAUCAGUUUCGGCGGCGUCGUCGGAGCCAGCAUCUGGUAUGGGACUGGCUUCGCCGUCGCCUACAGUGGACCGCUGGGCUCUUUGAUCUGCUUCUUCAUCAUCGGCGUCGAUGUGUUCUUCGUCAUGCAAUGCCUGGGUGAGAUGUCGACGCUGUUUCCGAUUCAAGGGGCGUUCAUUGAGCUGGCUGGAAGAUUUGUUGAUCCGGCGCUGGCCUUUUCCAUGGGAUGGAAUUAUUUCUACCUCUGGGUUACAAACGUCGCGAACGACUUCAACGCCAGCUCCCUGAUCAUGGGGUUCUGGACAGACGCCGUGCCCUCCUAUGGUUGGGUGCUGAUUUGGUGGGCAUUCUAUCAAUGCACGACGCUACUCGGCGUUGUCGUGUGGGGAGAGAUGGAGUUUUGGCUAGCCUGUUGGAAGUUGAUGUGUAUAUUGGGUGGCUUUCUCGCUGCCAUCUUGAUCAACACAGGUGCUGUCGGGGGUGAUUACAUCGGGUUUCGGGUGGGUCGCUUUUAUUUUCCUGGCGUAUGGAGCAUGCCAAUGCUAAGGACGUUACAGUACUGGAACGAACCAGGACCAAUUGCCAACGGCAUCAACGGUUUCGGACAGACGUUCCUUCUCGCUGCCGUCUACUAUUGUGGUACGGAGAUGCUUGCCAUCACCGCAGCAGAAAGUCGCAACCCGACCCGAGAUCUGCCGAAGGCUAUCAAGAGGACAUUCUGGCGCAUCUUGAUCAUCUUCAUGGGGUUGUCCUUCUUCGCUGGCCUGCUCGUGCCAUCAGGCAGCAAGGACCUUCUCACGGCGGAGAACAAGUCUGGUCUGUCCCCUUGGACGAUCGCCUUCGAGAAAGCUGGCGUACCGGCGAUGGCUCAUGUCGUAAACGUGGUGCUCAUCACCGCUCAACUCUCAUCUAUGAACUCCGCGGUGUAUGUCGCCUCUCGUAGUCUCGUAUCACUAGCCUCGAGUGGUCGUGCGCCAAAGUUCUUUGCGAGAACAACGAAGAACGGAACUCCAGUGCCUGCCUUAGUUCUGUCAAACGGACUAGGUCUGAUCGCUAUGCUGAACUACAAAGCUGGACCUGGUCUGGUCUUCACGUAUCUCAUCAACAUCAGCGGCUCCGCAACGUUCAUCGCCUGGGCCAUCAUCGGCAUCAUCCACCUCCGCUUCCGCAAGGCCUGGAAAGCCCAAGGCAACACGCUCUCAGAUCUCCCCUACCGAGCCAUCCUCUUCCCGUACGGCACCAUCUUCGUGGUCGUCAUCAAUAUCUUUCUGGUCAUAAUCGCCGGCUACGCAAACUUCAUCGGCUCUUUUGACGCCAUUGGCUUCGUCGUCAAUUACGUCGUGGUGGCGGUGUUUGUGGUGCUGUAUGUGGGAUGGAAGGUCAUUAAGAAGACCAAGGUGGUGCCAUUGAUGGAGGUGGAUCUUGUGACGGGAAGGAGAUUUGCGAGCACGAGUGUUGGCAUUGACUCGGAGACAAAGAGGCAGGAUGUUGCGUGGUAUGUCAAGGCUAAGAGGUUCGUGUUUAGUUGA